AUGAAAGGGCUGAGUUUCCACAGUAAAAGCCCAUGGAUUUUGGCUAGUCUUCACAGCAUUGUGAGAUCACAUGAAGUUAUUGGCAUGGAUCAACAUGUUUACAUAACACAUGCCAAAUUACCAAUGGCUCUAAGCUUAAACGAGGGCUUUGUUACUGGUGAGGUUCUGGCUUCAACCCCUAAGAAAGAAUGGUUGAGUCUUCAUGUUCAGGAAACAACAGCCACUUUUUUAUCUGCAACACUUCUCUCCAGACAAUCUGAACAAAUUCCCUCUACAAUUCCUCCUUCCACAUCACGUGAAACUAGAAGUUCUUCAACAUUAUCAAUUAAUACAAAUGACAAUGCUUUAGUGGAUAAAAAAGAUGUAGAUCAUGGCAAAAAAAAAUCUGAUAACUUUGCAACUGAGAAAUUAAAAAUUGGUGAUAAAUUGGAAGAUCCAGUUACAAUAAGUAGCAAAUCAGUUAAACAAGCUCCUCAAGUGGUUAAGGAUGUGAAAAAGGCUGAAAAGGUUUAUAUUGAUAAUUCAGAUUUGGAUUCAAACACAAACAAAUCAAUUGAUAUUCAUUUAAACAUACGAUUACCUAGGGGUAUAAGUGUCCAAGAAAAAUUCGAACCUACAAGCACUUUAAAAAUGGUGAAAAACUACAUAGAUGAAAAACAAGAAAGUAGCAUUGGCCAUUAUGAUCUAGCCAUUCCUUACCCUCACAAUGUUUUCAUCGACCAAGAUUUAACCAAGACUUUAACGAAGUUAAGUCUACUCGAUAGAAAAGCAUUAAUAAUAGUUCCACAUCUGAAAUCCACCAGUCACUACAAACCGCAAUCUGUCAUACCUAACCAUUACACAUCAGUCUCCACCGUUGCCACGUCAGCACCAGAUGGCGAAGGAUAUUUUUCACUUCGGAGAAAGGUUCUAUCAUAUGUUAACCCUUUACCCUAUCUUCGUGGCAAUAACUCUGUAUAA